UAGGGCAUGCCGUAUUGUUUUCUGGCUGUUCUCGACAGGGAUGAUUUAGAGUCCCUGUCGGUGCAUGAUUUAAAAAGAGCACAGCCCCCGCUUUCACAGUCGCAAUAGAGGGGCCGUUCAUCCUUCGUUCAAACACCUAUAAAUCUUUCGUAAGUCCAAUGUCCAAGAUACAGACGAAGAACAUUAAUACCCUAUGUUCUGAGCUCGGGUUCUCGGAAGAUUUCCAAGGCAGAGAUCUGAAGACUUUCACAGCUGCUAUCACAGACUUCCGAAAAAAGUUCCUCGAAAAAGGUAACGAUCUUCCGUACGGAGGUGCAGAUUCCCCAGAGUCCCAGCACUUCGCACUUGCCUUCUGCCAGGAAGAAAAUCGAGGAGCAAUCCUCUGGCCAUCAACUCUUAACAAUUCUUGGCCUACUUGGCCGUCAGAUCGCGCAAAAAUCUUAGGGUCUCUUACACACAUCUUUGCUCUUCAAACAUACCACCAAUACCGAUACAAACUCAAGAAGGAAAAGAAGAAAAUGCCAUCUGCAACACCCACACUCUCCCCUGACCGAGCCACGCGUGAUCUUAGCCCAGAGUCACUGAAGAUUGUCGACGCCACUCCGAUUGCACCAUCUGGAACUCGACGACGGCCUGCGAAGAAAUCUGGAGUAGUUGUCGAACCUGUUUUCGACAAAGAUGAGGAACAAAUCUAUGACAAUUGCGUCAGUGAGGUCCUCUCACUUGAUCCUCGCAACGACGACAAGCCAGUUAUUGCGGAAUUCACCGCACAGUGGCUGUCGAAGACCGGAGCGCGGUGGCCAGUGGCGGCUGAUAUUCGAGUCAGAACAUAUAUGCAUGAACACAAUAUCUACAAACCAGAGGCUCCGGACGUAAAGAUCAUUCCUCUCAUCAAAUCCCUCAAGAAAGGAACCGACAUUGAAGAAUUCGAGGGCAAACAGUGGAAUAUAUUAAAACAAAGGACUCUGGAUCGAAUGGCAGUCUUGGCGGGAGAUAUGCUAAAGAAGGGUUUACUGAAGAUAGUAGACGGUACUCCACAAAAAAUUGAGUGGUUCAGAGAUGUUUGGGUGAACCGACAUAGCCAAUACGGUCCGAAGGAAAAUGUCACCAAGCCAGUAGCGACAAUCAAUAGUCGCGACAUCUAUAGUAUUGACAACCUACCUCCCGAUCAAGGUUCUAGCUUUAGGAACCCAACCGCCAAGUUAAUGUCUACAGCGCGACAACCAUCUUCCACUACCACGGUAUGAACAUUACCCUCAUACCAUUAUUUCGGUGUGCUUUGCUUACAAAUUUCCAGACUGCAGGAGCUCGCAGAAAAUUAAACACCACCAACGAGGGCGACGCUCCGAACCAGCAGCAACAGAAGAAACGCAGAAUGAGUACGAUGCCAACAGGAACUCAAGCUACAACAGCUCCACCGCCUAAUCAAACUACUGCUCUUCCU